AUGAGUGAUAUGGCAGCAACUGCUGAAGCGAUUAGAGCCCUAGUCGUUACACUUGGUGAUGGCAAGGAGUAUGCCAGUAGGUAUGGAUGUGAGGCUGUCGGGAAAUUAGGUGGUAAGGCUGCAACUGUCGAAGUACCUGAAGCCCUAGCCACUACACUUAUCGAUGUGAAUGAGGAUGUCAGAAUGAACGCAUGUGAGGCUCUUGGGAAAAUGGGUGGUAGGGCAGCAACUCCUGAAGUGAUUAAAGCCCCGGUCACGGUACUUUGA